AUGCCUCUCACAAAACCUCCACCACCACCACCAAAGCCUGAAUUUGAAGAGCCUUCAACACCCAAGGACUUUAAUGACAAAUUCAAGGCUAAGGAAACCACCAAAUACAUGAACCCUUGCGCUUUAGAGGAAAAAGCCAGUAUGAAAUGCUUGGAUGAAAACAACUACGACAAAAGACAGUGCGAUUAUUAUUUCAUGCAAUACAAGGAAUGCAAAAAGAAAUGGAUGGAGAACAGACGUACACUUCGAAGAGCAGGUCAGCUUUAA